CGGUGUGUACCGAUGUGAUCUCGGAGGUCCCUGGAGCCCCUAAAAAUCAUGACGCAGGAAGCCACGCCGCGCGGACAAACCCACCUCCACCGACCCAAUAUAAAGUGCUAAAACCCCUUCACUCGCAGAGCACAGUAAAGGGAGCAGUCGCCGGAGGAGAAAUGGAGAACGCGGCGGAACGUCCUGUGGAGGAGCGUUAUGCACAGUGGAAGUCCUUGAUACCUGUGCUGUACGACUGGCUUGCGAAUCACAACCUCGUUUGGCCCUCCCUCUCUUGCCGAUGGGGGCCACAAGUGGAACAAGCAACUUACAAGAAUCGUCAGCGCCUUUACCUCUCUGAACAGACAGAUGGCAGUGUUCCAAACACACUUGUCAUAGCAAAUGUUGAAGUUGUAAAGGCUAGAGUUGCUGCAGCAGAGCACAUAGCUCAAUUCAAUGAAGAGUCACGCUCACCUUUUGUGAAGAAGAACAAGACAAUCAUACAUCCUGGCGAGGUGAAUAGAAUUAGGGAACUGCCACAGAAUAGCAACAUUGUGGCCACUCACACUGACAGCCCUGAUGUUCUCAUUUGGGAUGUUGAAAGUCAACCUAAUCGGCAACCUGUUUUAGGUGCUGCACCAUCUCGUCCUGAUCUGGUACUUACUGGACAUAAAGAUAAUGCCGAAUUCGCUUUAGCUAUGUGUCCUACGGAGCCCUCUGUGCUAUCUGGAGGCAAGGACAGGUCUGUGGUUUUGUGGAGCAUCCAGGAUCAUAUAACUUCUUUGGCAGCAGAUCAGGGAGCUCAAAAGUCUCCAGGAUCCACCAAGGGCAGUUUAGUCAACGGUAAAACUGCAGAUGGCCCCACUGUUCAAGCUCGUGGAAUUUUCCUCGGGCAUGAGGAUACUGUUGAAGAUGUGCAGUUCAAUCCAUCAAGUGCACAGGAGUUCUGCAGUGUUGGUGAUGAUUCUUGCCUCAUAUUGUGGGAUGCCAGAACGGGCAAUUCUCCUGCCAUAAAGGUUGAAAAAGCCCAUGAUGCUGAUCUUCAUUGUGUCGACUGGAAUCCCAAUGAUGUCAAUCUAAUUUUGACAGGAUCUGCUGAUAAUACAGUACGUAUGUUUGAUCGCCGGAAUCUUAAUUCUGGACGAGUUGGAACCCCUAUUCACAUAUUUGAAGGGCACAGUGCAGCUGUGCUUUGCGUUCAGUGGUCUCCGGAGAAGGGAACAGUCUUUGGCAGUGCAGCAGAAGAUGGUAUCUUGAAUAUCUGGGAUCAUGGGAAGAUUGGCAAGGUGGAGGAUAACCCAGGAGCAGAAGAUGCAAAUUACCCGUCAGGACUGUUUUUCCGACAUGCCGGGCACAGGGAUAAGGUGGUCGAUUUCCACUGGAACUCAGCGGAUCCAUGGACAAUUGUCAGCGUGUCUGAAGAUGGAGAGAAGACUGGUGGGGGCGGUACUCUGCAGAUAUGGCGAAUGAUCGACCUCAUAUACCGGCCAGAGGACGAGGUAAUAGCUGAGCUGGAAACAUUCAAAUCCCAUCUCUUGACAUGCUCUGAUUCUUGAUUUUACAUCUGGGGAGAGCCGAGCCGGUAAAUCUUAUCGUUGAUAAAUCUUGUUGUGAACUUGUACAAUGUUCGAAACAUUUGAUGAUACGACAGUUACACGGCUUGAUUGUCCUCUAGCACCGGCGUAAUUAUAUUAGUCUUCAUGUUGUCAAAGUAGCUUAUGGACGGAUUUCUUCUUAUGCAAUAUGCACAUAUAACUGUUACUUUUAUUUAACCUUACGGAUGCCUUCAUUGUGCUA